AUGACUUUAGUGAUGGAGCAACAUCAUCUCUUGCUGCUGAAGCAAUUCGUCAGCGCCAUUAAGGCUAAUCCGGAUCUCCUCCACGAAUCGUCGCUGGACUUCUUCCGUGAUUUUUUGGAAGAAUUGGGAGCUAAGAUCCCACCCAAGAAGUCUCCCGAAAAAGGAGGUGCUGAGGCAGAGCAUAAAACGGAAGCGAAAGAACCCGAACCUGAACCUAUGGAGGUAUGGGCAGUUUUUACACCAAACUAUUGAGU